AUUCGGCUAGGUGGGGCGAAGCGGUGACAUAUCUUUCGCAGGACAACGAUCCGUAUGUGUGGUCGCCGGGUCGUCCUAUAUAAGACGGAUGUAGGAUCACACUGGGCAGAAGAUUUGUACCGGUUUGAGUGUGUGCUAGUCGAGAUUUUGAAACAGAUCACAAUGAAGGUGUGCACAGUAGCGUUCGGAGUGCUUGUGGCGUGCGCGGCCGCGAUGGCGCUGGAACCCAGCCCACUGAUCCAAGCACUACAGCCCGUAGAGGCUGUGGAGCAGCCCACGCAGCUGGUGCCCGUGUACAUCCAACCCACCGACGUGCAGGGACCGAGGCAGAAGAGAUCCCUGCUUCUUGGAGCUGCCGGUCUCGGCGGUCUCGCCCUCCUCGGCGCCGGUGCUGUCGGCGUGGGUCUGAUUGGCGCUAAGGCUGGGUUCGUUGGUGGCGCUCUUGCUGCCGGUGCACUCCAUGGCAGAGGCUUCGGCGGCGGCUACGGCUAUGGCGGUGGCUACGGCGGCGGCUACCACUAUGGAGGCGGUUACGGCGGCAGCUACGGAGGCGGCUAUGGUGGAUACGGAGGUGGCUAUGGCGGCUACAGGUCCUACCCCACAUACGUCGUCGAAGAAAGUUGGUGCUGAUUGUUUUAUACCAUUAGUUGUUUUAUUGUUCAAAGACAUUGUUGUUUUUAGUGAAGUGAACUAGGUAUUUAUGUAAAACUCAGUGCGUGAUAUACGAAAUAAAAACCUACAAGUACA